UUGGAUCGGUCACAAAGGACAUGGCAGAUGGACGGACGGAACAAAUAUGGAGUUCAGUGGAUGGAAUAAAAGCUCAACGAUGUCAAAUGUCGGAAGAUCAAAGUUUAUCUCUAUUGGGUGGAACUGGUCUAUGGAAACAGAUCCUACAGUUCUCCAUUUCUAUAUCUGCCGCAGACGUCAAGGCAGUAGCCGCCCUACAUAUUGUCCUCGCUCGUCUGUCCACAAUCAUCGCGAUGGUCACUGCUACGGAUUUGUCGAUAAAAACGUCACAUGGGAGGAAGCAGAAAUGGCUUGCUCAAAUCUUACGACAUACAACACAUCCGGUUACUUAGUUACCAUUGACAACUACCAAGAAGCUAUGUUUUUGUCAGCAUUCCCUAGUCGUUUACUGUAAAUAAAAGUGUACUAGUAUUUAUUUAUAAUGUAAUGUAAUGUUAAACCUAAUUUGAUUAUAAACACUGUGACAUUAGCAAUGCGAUACGUUAAAUACCGAAUGUCGGAAAUGUUGAUAAUAUACGUA